GCUCACACGUACUCAGGAAGUCGAUUAUGUGACUAUUUUGUACACAGUAGUUGUGCUGACGCUGACAACAAACAAAUCGCAGCCUUAUCUAUAAAUCCGUCAGAGUUUGCUGUUUCAUUUUACAGACUCAUAAACGCGACAAGGAGCGAGCUAACUUCGAGUUGUUUGAGUAACUUACCUGGAUUUUCGUGGCAGUGUGGUCAUGUUGGCAGUGUUUUCCCUCCUCUCAGCCGGUCUCCGGCUCCAUUAGCCGGGGUACAUGGGAGCCCAGAGUGUCACCGGAGGAUGGAGGCUCUGACCUGGGAUCACCAUGGCUGUUCUGACGGUAUGGCGCUUCACCAGCGGCCGGCUCCUCGGAGGAUGGGGCCCGCUGUUGUGUGUUCUUCUCGGCUCUCUGGUGGCCAUCCUGAUGCCUCUGGUGGGGGUGGAGGACGAGUGCUGCGCCGUCCUCAAAGGUAUCGCCCAGCUCCGCUGCCAGCUGUUGGGGAGCUCUCAGCCCACUCCUGCUGUUCAGUCCACCAGCCUCACUGUCCCCUUCACAGCCCUGGAUCUGCUGCCUCAGAGGACCAAACCCAGCAAAGGUAAGAGGAACAGGAGGAGGUGGUGAGGUGAUCCUUAAAAUAUACAAACCAACUCACAACAACCUUAUGUCUAAGCAGGAGGGCGACCGUCAAUGCGCCUGCUCAAUUUAUCCAGAUUGAGCCUCAAAAAGUGAAUUUACAAAAUAAAAUUGUUAAACUUCCUGAAAGGGAUAUUCCGGCGUAAAAUAAUCUGGGACCCACAUUUCCCCUUGGUCCUCAAGUCAUGAUCCCCUUUUAUAAAAUUCAAACCAAACAAAUUUAUUGUAUUUUAAUUUAAAAAAGGCCUCACUUCAGAGCAUUUCAGAGCACAUGAACUGAGGACGACGACGCCUGAAGUUGUAUAUACAGAAAAUAUCAAACAUCAAAUAAAUAUCACAUUGCCCAAACUAGAGACCAGCAAAAUGAAAAAUUUGACUUGUGUGCAUCUCUGCAUUCAGAGCAUAUUCAAAAGAACAUGAGGAGGACCAUGCAACAGCAUGGACAAAAGUGAAUAAGAAAGACCAAAAACAAACGUAUUUUUACUGCAUUCAGGCCACAUUAAUAAGAAACUGAGGAGGACCAUGACAUAAUGGAUAAAGUGAGUAAAAUAAAUAUGAAAACAAUGAAAGAUCUAGUAAUUAUAGUUGUUCGUGACCCAUCCAGAACAUGUCUCCGACCCACUUUUGGGUUGGGACCCACUAGUUGAGAACCACUGCUCUACAGAUCAUAAUAUUGUCAGUGUUGCUCAAGUUGUUGCAGAGACAUACCUGUCAUUUGCCUUCUGCUGUUUAACCUGUUUUAAAGAUAAUGACAACCACUCUGCUGUGAUUUCAGAGACUGAGCUGGAGGCCAAAGCAGCACUGCAACAGGCUCAGGAGAUGAAGAAAUUAGGGAAGAGGGAAAAGGCUCAUAAGCUGCUCGUGCACGCACUCAGUAUGAAUCCAGGAUUUGUGGACGCCUUGACAGAGCUGGGGACCAUUCUGGAGGAGGAGAAGGAUAUCGUCCAGGCCGACCACCUCUACACCAAAGCCCUGGCCAUCUCACCGUGUAAUGAGAGGGCUCUAGUCAGCAGGGACCGCACUCUGCCCUUGGUGGAGGAGAUCGACCAGCGUUACUUCAGCAUCAUUGACAGUAAGGUGCGGAGGCUAAUGUCCAUUCCAAAAGGCAACUCUGCCCUCCGAAGAGUGAUGGAGGAAACCUACUACCACCACAUCUAUCACACAGUGGCCAUAGAAGGCAGCACGCUCACUCUGUCUGAGAUCCGUCACAUCAUCGAGACGCGCUACGCCGUCCCUGGGAAGAGCCUGCAGGAGCAGAACGAGGCCAUCGGUGUGGAUGCCGCCAUGAAGUACAUCAACACCACUCUGCUGUCCAGAACUGGUGCCAUCACUGUUGACGACAUCCUGGAGAUUCAUCGAAGGGUGCUCGGCUACGUUGACCCCGUGGAGGGCGGGAGGCUGCGCACGAACCAGGUGUUUGUGGGCCACCACAUCCCCCCUCAGCCUCAGGACCUGCAAAGACACAUGCAGGAGCUGGUCCAGUGGCUCAACUCAGACGAGGCCCUGCAGCUGCAUCCUGUGGAGUACGCCGCCCUCGCUCAUUACAAACUGGUCUACGUGCAUCCGUUUGUAGACGGUAAUGGACGCACAUCACGGCUGCUUAUGAAUCUUGUGCUCAUGCAGGCGCGGUAUCCACCAAUCACAAUCCGGAAAGAACAGAGAGCUGAAUAUUACACAGCUCUAGACACUGCCAAUGAGGGUGACGUGAGGCCCUUCAUCCGCUUUAUAGCCAAAUGCACAGAAAUCACACUGGACACAUUGUUGAUCUCCACAACAGAGUAUGCAGUGGGGCUGCCAGGGGCCAACCAGGACCAGGCCUGCUCGGACUGCAAACAGACAAUCCCCAUCCACAACUGAGUGGAGGAAGACAGGAGGAAAAAGGGAGCAUGGGAUGUGAGCAUGCAGGGAGAUAUUUUUUAGAACAACCCUGACAGGAAACUUCCUUUUUUGUCACGUUCACCUGCCAAAUCCUUUAACUUGUAGAGUGGGUUCUUGAGAUGUUGAGUUCAGAUCUGGUUUGAGGUCUGUUUAUAGGUUAGCUUUCCUUCCUGUUCAUUAAAGGGAUAUUCUGGCCAAAAAUUAAGUUGGUGUCGAGAGAUGAAUGUUGCCGACCGCUUGCUUCUCUAGUUAUACCAACUUUAGUAACAGCCGCACAAUAGCAAUACAGAGAGCCACACGCUCAACCAAAACACCACUCUAUAGCCACAAAUAAUGCUCAGAACAGCACCUAACUUCAACAGGACAUAUAGGGUCCCAGCCAUAGCACUAGCCACCAAACAUCUUUUUAACUUUGCCUAAUUUCUUUGGCAAAGAGACUAAACACAACUCACCUACUCUCUUCCAGCAGCCACUUGUUUGUAGUGAGACCUCAGGCCAGUCCAGCUCAAGGAAGAACAACCCCGCUGCUGUAGUCCGUAAUAGACUGUCCCGAGGUCUUGCAACAAACAAGCGGCUGCUGGAAGAGAAUAGGUGAGUUGUGUUUAGUCUCUUUGCUAAAGAAAUCAGGCAAAGUUAAAAUGAUGUUUGGUGGCUAGUACUAUGGCUGGGACCCUAUAUGUACUGUUGAUGUAGUUAGGUGCUGUUCUUUGCAUUAUUUGUGGCUAUAGAGUGGCGUUUUGGUUGAGGUUUGUGUAUUGCUAUUGUGCAGUUGUAACUAAAGUUGUUUUAACUAGAGAAGCAAGCGGUCUGCAUCUCUCGAGGGGUUGUCUAACUCGGUGUUACGGUGUGUUUGACCCUUAAUCAAUUUCACUCCAGAAUAUCCCUUUAAUAAGAAACCUUCUCACACCUCUACUUUGAACAAUAAUUCCUUUGAUUGUAUUUCUGCAUCUCAUUUCCCAUCAGAAAACAAUCGACAGUUUGACUACUGCUGAUGUGACUCGACUGUACAUCCUGUGAUACCAGAUGACGUCUCGUUACACGAUGAAGCACUUUCAUUUAUUUGAUUAUUUAUUCUAUUUUAAAAUAAAGGGGUUCUGUUAACAGAU